AUGUCGUAUUUGUGGUUGUCCGUCGCGAUAAAAAGAAAGACACGUGGUUAUGCUCGAAGCAUGCCGUCGACGUCGCGGUCGCGGGGCUCAGGGCGCGGGCCUGACGGCGCGCCACGGAACCAAGUCAUAGCACCCAUGUCGGAGCGGCAGCAGUUGGCUCUGGUGAUGCAAAUUUCAUCCCAGGAUGCCCCUCCAGUCGCUCCGACACCAGCUGAAGAACGGAAACGCAGCAGACAACAGCGAAAUGAACGAGGCGAAACACCUUUACACGUAGCCGCCAUAAGAGGAGACCAUGACCAAGUUAAAAAGCUUCUUGACCAGGGGCAAGAUCCAGAUAUCCCAGACUUUGCGGGGUGGACGGCACUACAUGAAGCAUGUAGCUAUGGGUGGUUACAAGUUGUGGUGGUUCUCGUGAACAGCGGAGCCAACGUUAACGCUAAAGGCUUGGAUGACGAUACCCCACUCCAUGACGCAACUACUUCAGGAAAUUUAAAGAUGGUUAAAUUUCUCAUUGACCAUGGUGCAGAUCCAUUUGUAAAGAAUUGUAAAGGGAAAACGCCAUCAGAUUAUGCAGCCCCUCAUAUUUUUGAAUAUUUACAAUCUUUAAAAGAUAACGCGAGAGCUGCUCACACUGGUCGAUCAAGGGAUGACAGCAGUAAGAAGGGUUGCAAUGCAAGUGCAAGCGGCGACUCUAGUAAACGAAGUAACAUGGAGGGCCUAGCGCAGGGCGAAAAUUUCGAGGGCAAGGAGGCCUCGCAAGAAAAAGGCAAUAAUGUUGAGAAUAGAGAUGAAGGAGCACAGCUGAGUAGUGGAGUGGUAUCAUCAACACAAGAUGAGGUAACAACAGGUACAAAAAGAUCUUAUGUGGAAGAUAGUCAAGAGGCAGAAGCAACUGAGGAUGAUUCAUCAAAACGAAAGAAGAGAAAAGAUAAUGAGGAAAAAGAACCUAUGGCAAAGCCUGCCCCUGUUGCAAGAGGAGGCACGGGACGAAUCCUAACUGGUAGCAAACCUCCGGGACCAGCAAGUAAGACGGGAGCAACUCCUUUGGGCAAAAGUGGUUCCCAGUCCGGUGGCAAAGCAGGUGGCUCCUCAGGGAAAGGUGGUCAGGCGCAGGGCAAGGGUGGCGGUGGCGGAGCAAAGGCAAACGCACAAAACACGCAUCAGGGCAAAUCAGGAGCUGGUAAAAAUGCAUCAGGCUCACAAUCGGGCAAACAAGAUCGAAAAAGUCCUGUGGCGAGCCCUAAGCCCAACCAGGGGAAGGAUAACAACGAUGGUGAUGAUGAUCAGAAAAGUCAAGAGUCAUCAGCCCCAAAAGUACCUCCAUUAAAAAUAGUCAUACCAGGCGGGGCUGGUGGUUCAGGAAGCAGAAAUGAGCAAGAGGGAGAAGGUUCAAGAGGCGGUGGCAAAGGGCGAGGCGGCGCGUCCACUCUGCCCUACGUGAUACCCUGCACCAGCACCGACACCGGUCAAACAUCUGACAGCUCUGAUGGCAACACCGAAGACAAAAGAUCUGGAGAGGGUGGCAAGGCAGGACAAAGAGUACUUCGCUCCCACAGAACGAAUGACGGGGAUAAAGAUAAGGGGAGAAGUUCUCCCACUGGGUCGGAGAAUCGCUCAGGACACAGUCAGGCUUUGAAUUCCAACAAAAGUCCACCACCCUCAGGACAUGAUGGCGACCAUGCUACAUCUACAUCUGGUUCGGGUGGAAGAUCCGAGUCAGCUCCAGGGCCUUCGGUCGAGUUGCAUCCGAGGAAGCGCAAGAUCAAAGCGUCCAAGGACAGCCACUCGCGGGAGUCAAAGAAUGAGCAAGUGCCAGAUAGCACCACACUCACACACAGCAUCACCCAUUCCAACCCUUACCAAAUGUACAUUCAUAUACGUAAACAGAUUGAGCGACGUCAGAAAGGCUUGUUUCCAGUAAAACCUAAACCACCCAAAGAUUUUAACAAAUAUCUGAUGAAUCGUUGUACUUAUACUCUUCAAAAUAAUGUGAAUCCGGAGCCGCAGGUCGAAAUACCGAUCAAUUUACCAUCUCAAAUGGUUAAUGAAUUUUUAGCUCAGGAAAAAGAAAGAACAAGAUUGCGUAUACAACAUCUAGUAGAGAAAGAGAAGCUUGUUCUGGCCGUCGAACAGGAGAUAUUGCGGGUUCACGGGCGCGCCGAACGCGCUGUGGCUAACCAAGCUCUUCCUUUUUCGGUGUGCACAAUACUGCGUGACAAGGAGGUGUACAACGUGUUGGCGCCGGACCAGGAAGAGAAACGCAACGCGCAGCGCUCCCGGUGCAACGGACGUCAAAUCAAUUCGUGGCUGCAGGAAGUCGAUGAUAAGUGGGAAAAGAUCAAGGAAGGUAUGCUUCGACGUCAGCACACGGAAGCAGAAACACUGCACGCGGUACAGAUGAUGGGAUGGGAAUGGAAACUGAAAGAACACGGUCUAUGUGACUACAAGACCACCCCAAAAAUAGACCCCACGCACGUACCACAAAUACACGUGUCGAAUUUUGACUUGCCCGCU